AUGACCUUCCACCGUAAUCUCUCCCCCAUUGUCCACGAGUACAACAUACGCAGUGAGCCCUUAACUCGUGAACUGCAGGUAAAGGAUCUCGGUGUCACAUUGUUACCUUCAUUGAACCCUGAGUUGCAUGUGCGAAACAUUUGCAGCAGAGCAAACAAAAUGCUCGGAUUUGUCUCCCGCUUCUCAAAAGGCUUAAGCGACACGGCCUUAAAGACUUUGUACUGCGCUUUGGUACGCCAAAUCCUUGAAUAUGGCUCUCCAGUAUGGAACCCCCACCAGAAGUUUCUCAUAGAGGAACUAGAGUCUAUUCAAAGAAGAUUUCUCCGAAUGGUGGGUGUCAGGAACGGUCUUCCCUAUCGUAAGGUUCCCAUCGAGGAAGUAUCUCGUGAUCUUCCUAAAAGAGCUUGUUAA